UGUCAUAUAUAAAGAGUACAGACCAACCCACAAAAGCUCCAAUAUAAACCCUAUUUGAAUGAUGUCAAGGUUGACAGAAGCAAGUCCAUGAGAAUCUAGCUACUAGCCGAACUGCUAAACUGUGAGAGCAAUUUCCAUCUUGCAGUUGAUCUCAAUUUAUCAUGAGCUCUUGUCAUAUUUGCCUCCUCUACUUGAUGAUGAUGAUGCUCAUCAUUACAGGUUGCAGUCCUGGAAUAAAAACAGGUGGUUCAGAUAAGUUUUUGCAAUCAUGUGAUGGAAGUAAUAGCCAAUCAACAACACUAACCACCAUAAGACAACCGUCAUACUCAAGCCACAGAAAGCUUUCGGUACAUGGUACUUGCACAAACAGGGAUAUAAGCAUCUCACAAAGUAGAGAUACUACUUCUGGGAUCCCACAGUACAUAGUGCAGAUUGUCAACACUUGCGUUUAUGGUUGUGCUCCUUCAAAUAUCCAUCUUCAUUGUGGCUGGUUUGCCUCUGCAAGAAUGGUUAACCCAAGAACCUUCAAAAGGCUCUCUUAUGAUGAUUGCUUGGUCAAUGGAGGGAAAGCUUUGAAGACUAGUCAGAUUGUCAGAUUCACGUACUCAAACUCCUUCAUGUACGCACUCCAAUUCAAGUCUGCCAAGUUCUGCUGACUUGCCUAAAAACAAGGUCUUUAUCAUAGAGAGAUAAGAGAGAAUCGGACCAUGUACAACUAAAUCCCAGUAAAGAAAAACCCUAACAUCCUGUCCCUGUUGGUCGAAAAAAAACAUCAUUCCCUAGCAUCGUUGCAAAUGAAAUAUCAACAGUCUCAUCUAUGAGCUUUCUCAUCACAGCCUAGAGCCUACAAUCUAUAGAUGCUGAACCAUAAGCUCGUCCUUUUGAAACUUUAAACCGGCCCGUUGUUCGUUGACUUUUCACAGCCAUUUUGUUUUGAUAUUUGAAGGUGUAAGUAUUAUUUUAUUAUCUCCAGAGACGUUAAUAUUUCAUCAUUCUGAAACUAGACUUUUUCGAGUCUAGAAGCUAAUGUUUCUAUAGCUGCUUGAUGCACAGUAGAGUCUGAAAAAACUUGUGCGUUCUUGGCAGAAGCGUGUGCUGUCAUUGCAGUCUCUCUUUUCUUUUGCUUUAAUUAAACACCAACCUGUGAAGGUUUGAGAGAGAGAGAGAGUUGAGAAAGGAGGUUGCAUGGUAGCAUCAAGGCUCAUUGCUGGAAAAGAAAAAUUGAAAAAAAUAAAAUAGAGCAGCAAGAAACCAAGGGAACCCUUAUUGGGAAAGUUGGUAACAUCAAUGUGGUGGUUAGGAGAACUGUUACAAGCAAAUGGGGUUUGAAAUCAGCCUCUGUGGCAUACAAAUUGAAGCGCAGAUGUUACAAUCUUAUAGUCUUGUUAACAUUUAGUAAACAGGUAAAGA